AUGAGUUACGCAGGGUACAACCCAAACAGCAACCCCUAUAAUCAAGGUGGUGGCGGCGGCGGCUACGGCCAGGGCGGAUAUGGUGGAGGAAAUAGCCCCAGCGGCUACAGCAAUCCUUUCGACGACCGUAAUGCGGCCAAUGUCGAGAUGAACUCGCUCCCCACAUCCUCCUCUAGACCAACCCAGAGUUCGAUCCUCCAAAAAUGUUCCGAAAUCAGCAACGAUGUUCGCAGCCUCGAAGCCCUUCUAGACAAGUUUUCCAAUCUCCAGGUAAAGCUAUCGGGUGCGACAAACCAAGGGGCCGUCCGAGAUGAAAUCGAUACUCUAACGGCAAACAUCAUGGACCGGUUCAGGGCGCUGAAGGACCGUGUUCGGGACGUCAAGACCGACGACCACCAGCUAGGGGGCAACAACAGGCAGGUCGGGCUGGUCGAGCGACAGGUUCAGGCUGCCAUUCAAAAAUUCCAGUCGCUGGAGGGCGAGAACAGGAAGAGGAUACGAGAUCAGACAGAACGUCAAAUCCGCAUCGUGAAGGGCGACAUCAGCGACGCUGACAUGCGCCGGAUGGUGGACAGCGAGCCCGCCGUCUUCUCGCAGGCACUUAUGCAAAGCAACCGCUCCGGUCAGGCGAGCUCUGUCCUGGCAGCAGUGCGGCAGCGCCACCAGGAGAUGCUGGAAGUGGAGAAGAGGUUGAACGAGCUUGUGGAGCUCAUGGAGGAGAUGCAAGAGUUGCUGGUGAAGCAAGAAGCGGUCGUCAUGCAGAUCGACCAGCACGCCGAGCAGGCCGCAGAGGAUAUGGUCAAGGCGAAUGACGAGCUCGUGGUGGCCGUAACAACCGCCAGGAAAACGCGCAAGAAGAAGUGGAUUUGCCUCGGCAUCUGCGUCGCCAUUAUUGUCAUUAUCGUUGUGGCUGUCGUGGCCUAUGUGAUGAUAACAAGACAGACAGCCCCAGCUCCGGCCGCUCCGGCCGCCGCCCCUGCCCCUGCCCCUACUCCUGCCCCUACUCCGGCUGCCGAACAGAAACGGAGCAUCUUUGAACGAAACGUUUUCGAUGAUCUUCAUAUGAACGAUGCUCGUGCCGUCAAACUCGCUGGCGAGCCAAGCGGUCAACUCUCGCAGAUCUCGAGGAGGCGGCUAAACAGAGUGCCAGAUCAACCCAUGCACAAGCGAUUUGUUGUUGAGUGGGAUGUGGGAUCUGAUGGCUCUUGA